UUUUUUUUUCGGGGCGUGAGGGGAUGAUGUCCCACACCAGGCUACAUCAGUGUUGAACUUGAAGCUGUGGACAAUAUGGCUGAGCCAAUUAGAGUUCUGGUGACUGGCGCUGCAGGGCAGAUUGCCUACUCGCUGUUGUUCAGCGUUGCCAAAGGAGAUGUCUUUGGCAAAAAUCAGCCAAUCACGCUGCUCCUCCUGGAUAUUCCGCCCAUGAUGACUGUCCUGGGAGGUGUUGUCAUGGAAUUGCAGGACUGCGCCCUCCCUCUUUUGAGAGAAAUCGUGGCCACCGACAAAGUGGAAGUGGCCUUCAAGGACCUGGACGCCGCCAUCUUGGUAGGCUCAAUGCCCAGGAAGGAGGGCAUGGGGAGGAAAGACCUGCUCAAAGCCAACGUGGCAAUCUUCCAGACUCAGGGAGCAGCCCUGGACAAGUACGCCAAGAAGACCGUCAAAGUUCUGGUGGUCGGAAACCCAGCAAACACCAACUGUCUGAUUGCAAUGAAGUCUGCUCCCUCCAUUCCCAAGGAGAACUUCUCAUGCCUCACCCGCCUCGACCAUAACAGGGCUCGCUCUCAGGUUGCGAUGCGCUGCGGCGUGCCUGCCACCCAUGUCAAGAACAUGAUCAUCUGGGGCAACCACUCGUUCACGCAGUACCCGGACGUGCACCACUGCAAGGUUAACGUGUCCGGCAACGAAGUGGACUGCUUUGAUGCCGUCAAGGACGAGGCCUGGCUGAAAGGGGAUUUCAUCGCUACGGUGCAGCAGAGAGGCGCUGCUAUCAUCAAGGCCAGGAAGCUGUCCAGCGGCAUGUCUGCAGCCAAGGCCAUCUGUGACCACAUGAGGGACAUCUGGUUCGGCACCCCGGAGGGUGAGUUCAUUUCCAUGGGUGUGUACUCUACGGGUAACACCUACAAAGUCCCAAAUGACCUCAUCUACUCCUUCCCUGUCCAGAUCAAGAACAAGUCCUGGAAAAUAGUGGAGGGACUGGCCAUCAACGACUUCUCCAAGGCCAAGAUGGAGGCCACAGCCACAGAGCUGAUAAAUGAGAGGAACACAGCUAUGGAGUUCCUGGCCAAGUGACUACGUUUUGAUGCUCGCCUAUGAUAAAACACUCCCUUCACUGUCGUUAUGUUCCUCUUUUGCAUGUGCAUAUGAAGGAGAUGUAGUGUGUUUUCUUGCUACUUUGGGAGGGGUAAGGGGACGCUUUGGUACUAAAAUGGAUCCCAAUUGUACCUGGCUGGCUUUGUUGCUGCUCUGCAGAUGUGCACUCUUUAAAUGUUACAAGCACAACACCUUCACUUUUGGUUUGGUUUCUUCGACUUUCAGGUUCUAUCAGCCUCCCUCUUAAAGGGCUUAAGCCUCCUGGCUGCUCUGAACACUGCUGUCCAAACCUUUACUGUAGAUCUUUUGUCAUGAAUGACUACACGCCAUGAGGCACUUCAGUGUGAGCGUUAGGUCCAUACAGUAAUUUGUCACCUGUGGCUUUUCAUUUCAUUUUGUUGCAUGCAGUUAAGUGGUGUUAAAAAAAAAAAAACUUAAAUCCUAACCAUUCAAUGUUGUAACACUAAAAGAUCUGAACUGUAUUAGGCUUGAUUUGAUGAGCUUACCAAAUUCCAAUAAACAACAUGUGUUUAGGUUUA